AUGGAGCCUGUUCGAGGCGACAUCAGGAGUCAGUCAAUACAAGCUAUUCCGAGGGUUGACACUAGUACAACCAUGAAGCCUUCGUCAGGCCGGCGGCUCCAGCUCCACUCGAAUCGGUGGCCGGAUCGAUUCCAAGAUGGAGAAGACGCCCAGAUUGAUUUUACAGCUCCGCCAAAGAGCAUGCGCUCCAGAGAUGGUCAAAUGCAAUACAUGCAACAGUCGCUGUUCUCCGUCCUUGCUGCCGUUGGCUCUAGGUCGGAUUUCCGCGGACGGUUCGACGACUCAAGUGAUAGUGAUGGUGGACUGGAGAACAGUAGCCCAGACGCAGUAUCAAACUUGAACUCCAAUAAGAAAGUCACACUGGGCGACCGUCAGUCUAUCGAACGAGAGGAUCGGGACACCAAGGCACAAUCCGAGGAGCGAGGACGACGGCAUCAAAGAACGAAACCUGAAAGCAAAACUCUGGCGUGGAAAUCCACGCUCCUAAAUCAGGAAUCCUCGGACGAUCCGUUGUCAGCGAGUUGCGCAACGCUGAAAUUCCCAACGAGAAGGACACGCAGCGCUACGCCUGGUGCGGCUCCCAUCCUGACUCGAAUGAUACAAGCACAGCAAACAUUUGAAUCUGCAAUCGAGCCCGGAGAGUCGCCUUUGAGACCAAGUUCACCGCAAGAUGACUCCCAGGAGCCACCUUCUUCUGCUCUUUCGACACGACUCAUGAAAAUGUUCGGUUUUGACAAACCUGAGAAAGUAUUGGUUGAAUAUGCCUGCGCGCUUUUGCAAAGUAUGCUGCUUCAGGGGUAUAUGUACGUCACUGAAGGACACAUCUGCUUCUACGCUUAUCUCCCCAAGAAGGCAUUAAGCGCGACGAAGUCCGGCUUCUUGUCCAAACGUGGCCGCAAAAAUCCGAAAUACAACCGCUACUGGUUUGUCUUGAAGGGCGACGUGCUCACAUAUUACGCAAAUCCCUCAAAUCUCUACUUUCCAAGUGGUCAUAUAGACCUUAGGUAUGGCAUUUCUGCGUCACUGGCAGAGGUCAAAGCCCAAAAUUUCGAAGCCACCGACUUCCAAGUCACGACUGAUCAGAGAACAUAUCAUUUGCGCGCAGAAAGCGCUGCAAGUGCGAAGGAAUGGGUAAAAUCUCUGCAGCAGGUCAUUUUUCGAUCUCGAAAUGAAGGCGAUAGCGUCAAAAUUUCAUUUCCAUUAGAAAAUGUGAUUGAUAUGGAGGAGAGCCCUAUGGCUGAAUUUGCGGAGACCUUCAAGAUCCGUGUUCUAGACAACAACGAGACCUACGCCAUUGACGAGUAUUUUUUCACUUUCUUUAAUUCGGGUCAGGAGGCUUUUGACUAUCUGAAAAGCUUAGUGAACGUGUCCUCUGGGAAAUGUCUGUCAGGAGGGUCUCGUCAACAGCGCGACGGAGAUCAGCAGUGGCAAGCCAACAUAUCUCAAGGGAAAAAGGCCUUAGGCCAGCACGGGGUGGGAGAAUCCCUGUCUGGACCAGAUAGCGAGCUGCGAGGUUCCAGUGACUCUUUGGACACCUCCACAGACCAAGGCAUGGAGACCUUGCCAAUCGUUCAAUCGUUCACCGAAACAAACGAGUCUGCGAGUCAGAUUCUUAAUCGAAGCGAUGUCUUUCAAUCACCUACUAUGCGCUCAUUACCAAGGCGCCGAUCUGAAGUGGACGAUGAAAAACAUAAACGAGCGGAAGAUGCGACUCAACAUUCGUCAAACCGACAGGUCAGGGUAUCUCGCCAAGAAAGCACUGGCUUGUGUAGCUUCAAGACGGACACUGAUGAUCUGCACGGAGUCCAAGGACGGGGCGACCCUGUCACCCACCCGCCAUCCCAAACAGUACCCGCUAUUUCUUCGAGCGAUUCCCAAAGAGCUGGAACACAACCUCUCAAGCGCGUCGCUGGAAUUGCUGGGUAUCUCAAGAUUCGAUCAAAGCAGAUGAGUAAUUUGCUUGCAACAGAGUCAAUGGGCUACAUUGAAAAGGUAUCAGGGAUGUGGGCCGGAGGCCAAAAACAUUAUGAUGAGACUGAGGAAGUGCUUCCUGACGAUCCGUCGCAAGAUGCAGAGGAUAAGGAACACGGUCUGAAACAUGGAGAUCGAUUCCGAGCGCAUUUUGGUCUACCAUCAUCGGAGCACCUACAAGCCACAUACUACGCCUAUCUCACUCGAGUGCUUCCGCUGUACGGGAAGAUUUAUGUUAGCGAGAGAAAGGUUUGUUUUCGCAGUCUUCUUCCAGGGACGCGAACCAAGAUGAUCUUGCCGCUUAAGGACGUCGAGAACGUUGAAAAGGAGAAGGGAUUCCGUUUUGGUUAUCACGGGCUGGUGAUCAUUGUUCGCGGCCACGAAGAGCUGUUCUUCGAAUUCAAUACCGCCGACGGUCGAGAUGACUGUGCUGUGACACUCCACCAGAACUUAGAAUCUGUCAAGUAUCUUGCAGAAUCGGGCAUCCUUGCUGCGGAAGAGCAUGACUUGACAGAGGCGGCAAGAGCGGAGCAUCGCAUGCUUCAAGAGGCAAGAAACGACAACCCUGAUGAGGAAAGCACUGGAACUGGGCGCAGUGUAUCUGAGUCGGAAGUUUCACCGUUUUUUGACGACCCGCUCGCUUCUAUCAUCAACUUCAAGCCUUCUGAAUCCUUGAAAAUCACCUGCCUCACUAUCGGCUCUCGAGGUGAUGUACAGCCCUACAUUGCUCUGUGCAAGGGUCUCCUUGCUGAAGGCCACAAACCAAAGAUUGCAACUCAUGCUGAGUUUGAGCCAUGGAUUCGUAGUCAUGGCAUUGAUUUUGCUCUUGUGGACGGUGACCCUGCGGAACUCAUGCGCAUCUGCGUUGAGAAUGGCAUGUUCACAUAUUCAUUCUUGCGUGAGGCCACAUCGAAGUUUAGAGGGUGGAUCGAUGAUCUGCUUUCUUCAUCCUGGGCAAGCUGUCAGGGCAGCGAUGUGCUUAUCGAGUCGCCAAGUGCGAUGGCUGGCAUUCAUAUCGCAGAAGCUUUGCGAAUCCCCUACUUCCGUGGAUUUACAAUGCCAUGGUCCCGGACUCGCGCAUACCCGCAUGCCUUUGCGGUCCCUGAAACUCGGAUGGGAGGAGCGUAUAAUUACAUCACGUAUGUCAUGUUUGACAAUCUCUUCUGGAAGGCGAUUGCGGGCCAAGUGAACCGUUGGCGGAACAACGAACUUGGACUCAAGUCUACGACUCUAGACAAGAUGCAACAGAACAAGGUCCCCUUUCUGUACAAUUACUCACCCUCAGUGGUGCCGCCGCCUCUCGAUUACCCUGAUUGGAUUCGCAUCACAGGAUAUUGGUUUCUGAACGAAGGUGCCGACUGGGCUCCACCCGCGGAGUUAGCUGCGUUCAUCAAACGUGCCCGCGCAGAUGGCAAGAAGCUCGUAUACAUUGGAUUCGGAUCGAUCGUCGUAUCAGACCCAGCAGCCUUGACACGCACGGUCGUCGAAUCUGUUCAGAAAGCGGACAUCCGUUGCAUUCUGUCCAAAGGAUGGUCAGAUCGUCUCGGUGACCCAUCGAGUCAGAAAGCGGAGAUUCCUCUUCCCUCGGAUAUAUUUCAGAUCCAGUCAGCACCCCACGACUGGCUCUUUUCCCAGAUUGAUGCGGCUGCUCAUCAUGGAGGAGCUGGUACGACUGGAGCCAGCCUUCGUGCCGGCGUUCCAACGAUUAUCAAACCGUUCUUUGGUGAUCAGUUCUUUUUUGGUUCGCGUGUGGAAGACCUCGGGGUGGGAAUUUGCAUGAAGAAGCUCAACGUCAGCAUGUUUUCGAGAGCACUUUGGGAGGCUACCCACAGCGAGCGGAUGAUUGUCAAGGCUCGUGAGCUGGGCAUCCAAAUACGGAGCGAAAAUGGCGUUGCCACCGCAAUCCAGUCCCUCUAUAGGGACAUGGAGUAUGCCAAGACACUUGCUCAACAACGCUCAAUUGCUUCAUCGACGCCUUUCUCGCCCACUCCAUCCGCUCAGGCGUCACCUGACCACGCUGAUGCCGACGUGGAUGACAUUGAAGAAUGGACGUUCGUGGGUGAAGAGGCUGAGAUGGAUUUAAACAAACGGAUGCAAGACCUCAGUCCGUCUGAACGCGAGAAGAUAUUCUCUGGCAUUAUUCGAUAA